AUGGGAUGGGAGGGGGCGAUACGUGCACAUGGGUGUAUUUUAAGUGACUUAAUACUAAUUAAUGAAGGUUUAAUGUGGUUGCAGAUGGAAAAGCAGAUGGCAAAGUUGAGAAAACAGAGGGAUCUUGCUGAGUCCAUGCUUGAAGAUGAAGAAAAUAGAAGGAGAUGUCUAAGCGUCAUCAAGAGGUCUCUAAUGAAAAGGGACUUUGGUGUGGACGGGGACUUUGAGAGAAAGCAGCAAGAGAUUCUGGUGCUAUGGCAAAGCUGUAACGUCUCUUUGGUGCGUAGAACAUAUUUUUUCCUGCUCUUCAAAGGAGAUGAGGCUGAUUCAGUCUACUUCAAAGGAGAUGAGGCUGAGUUGAGCUAAGAAUACUUUUGUUUAUUAAAGAUCGCUCCUCUCAAAGAAAAAAGACUCGGAUGGAGGAGAAACCUUAACAUUGUCUUCAAGGUUAGAUACCUUUUUGGUGUUUUGUAUAUAGUGCUUUGGUAUUCAUAUAAAAAAAAAAUUUACAGAAUGAUGCAAAAAACAUAUUUAGAAAUAGUACUGCAUAAUCAAGCAUUAUAGUAGAAAGUAUUAU